UGUUUUGAAAAGCCCGUGUUGACAGGCUGUCACUGCCUUUCUAGUCGUAUUUUUAAAAUUUAGACUUGAUUUUUUUGUUAAUAACAGGUGACGCGCCGGUGCAAGACAAAAGCACACCUUUGUUAGCAUGCCGAAAUCACUCAAAAAGUGCACCAGUCAGACCUCCAUCAGCAAGUUCUUCGGGGGGUUGAGCGGCAAAAGUGAUCCGAGGAACAGUGCCCAAGCGGGGUUAAACCGGGAGCGUCGGCCUUCCAAGGGCAAGAGGCAUUGCUUCGGCGAUGAGCUUAAGCUGCCGGGCAAACGAGCCAGGCUGACCCCCCAAGAAGAAAAGGAGGUGGAGAAUGUAGACAGCGAGGUUGUUUGUCAGAGCCCCAAAGAGACUAAAGUGCCAUUGUUUCGAGGAGGUGGUGGCCUCUGUUCCUCCACCUUGGACAGGCUCAAGAGUUUCACAUGCUUGUCUGAGCCCUAUUCAAGAGAGGACACUGGGACUGAAGAGAAAGCAGAGAAGCCCGGUGUUGUCUGCAGUAGACUCAAUGAACUACAAAAGAGUUCUGCGUCUCUUUGUGACAAUAAAGAUCACUACAACUAUGAUGAGAGACUUCCGCAGAGUGAAGACGAGCAUAAGGUUGAGGAAGAAGAGACCGAAUCAGUGCAGAGUCCAGCACUGUCUACAAAAAAACAGGGACUUUGGCUAACCCAGUUUGCCAAGCCAGACGGAGCUCGGAGGUUUGCAGAGCUGAGUCCUCCCUCUGACUCCGGUGCCCUCAACAAGCGCUCCAAGAGUGUGUACACUCCUCUGGAACAGCAGGUCAUUCAGAUCAAGCAGCAGCACAAGGACGUCUUACUGGCUGUGGAGUGUGGAUACAAGUACAGGUUCUUUGGGGAGGACGCAGAGAUAGCUGCGAAGGAUCUGAACAUUGUCUGUCACCUGGACCAUAACUUCAUGACGUGCAGCAUCCCCGCACACCGUUUAUUUGUCCAUGUGAGACGGCUGGUCUCCCGUGGACACAAGGUGGGAGUGGUUAAGCAGACAGAGACCUCUGCAAUCAAGGCCUCGGGAGCCAACAAGAACACUCUGUUCACUCGUCAGCUCAGUGCCCUCUACACCAAGUCUACUCUCGUGGGAGAGGACGUGAACCCGGUGUGCAGUUUGGGAAACGUGGAAGACGGGGGUGGCGAUGACGUGGUGUCAGACCCUCCUGACAGCUACCUCCUCUGUGUCAGUGAGAACUGGGACAAGCUACGGAAACAGCUCACUGUAGGCCUGGUGGCAGUUCAGCCCAGCACAGGCGAUGUGCUAUUGGACUGUUUCUCGGAUGGCCAGUUUCGCUCUGAGCUGGAGGGGCGUGUGCUAAAGGUCAACCCUGUGGAGAUCCUGGUGCCAUCUGAUCUUUCAGACACAACUCACCGACUUCUGCAGAGCAUCACCAAUGCCAGUGUGCAGGCGGAUGAUUGCAUGCGUGUUGAGAAGAGGGACAGCGCUCAGUUUGAGUUUGCCUCUGCGAUGAACACAGUGACAGAGUUCUACUGCCACACUAAGCACACAGACUCCCGCUCCCUGUCCAGCAUUGUGUCUCUGGAGAGCCCGGUGAUCUGCUGCCUUGGGCCUCUCAUCCAGUACCUCAGAGAAUUUAACUUGGAAAGGGUUUUGUUGAGCGACAGCUCCUUCUGCCGGCUGUCCUGUGAGUCAGAGGGUAUGGUCCUCAAUGCCACCAGCCUCAGGAAUCUGGAGAUCCUCACCAACCAGACAGACAGACGGGUCAAGGGCAGUCUGCUGUGGGUGCUGGACCACACACAAACUCCAUUUGGGAGGAGACUGAUGAGGAAGUGGGUGAGCCAGCCGCUUGUAAACUUACAGUCAAUCUCAGACAGGCAGGAUGCGGUGUGUGAGAUCCUGGAGUCAGACUCCAUUACUUUAACCUCCAUCAGGUCUUUGCUAUCCCAUCUGCCUGACCUGGAGAGAGGGAUCUGUAGCAUAUACCACAAAAAGUGUUCCACCCAGGAGUUUUACCUCAUCGCCAAAAGUCUUUCCCGCCUGGGGCUGGAGCUCCAGGCCCUGUUGCCAGCUAUCCAAUCACAGCUCAGCUCGUCACUGCUUCGAACACUCCUAUUGGACACUCCUGACCUGUUGGCUCCCGUCCACAACUUCCUCAAGGUGCUCAACGAAACGGCUGCUAAGUCAGGGGACAAGAAGGAGCUGUUUUCAGAUCUGUCCGGCUUUCCAGUGCUGCUUGAAAGGAGGGAGCAGAUCCAGGCUGUUAUCUGUGAGAUUCAAGACCACCGAAAAGACAUCCGACUCGCAAUCAGGGCUCCCACACUGGACUACACCACCGUCUCCGGGCAGGAGUUUCUGAUCGAGGUGAAGAACUCCAUGUCCUCCAUUGUUCCGUCUGACUGGGUCAAAAUCAGCAGUACCAAGGCAGUGAGUAGGUACCACUCUCCCUUCCUGGUUGAGCGAUACCGGAGACUGCUGCAGCUCCGAGAACAGCUUUUACUAGACUGUCAGCGGGAAUGGACCAACUUCCUACAUCAGUUUGGGGAGCACUAUCACACCAUGAAAAGGGCUAUUAGUCACCUAGCAACCAUGGAUUGUCUCUUCUCAUUGGCUGAGGUGGCUAAACAAGGGGACUACUGCAGGCCUAAUGUAUGUGAGGAUCAGUGUCAGAUUGUGAUCAGGGAUGGCAGACAUCCUGCGAUAGACCUGCUGAUGGGAGAGAGCAACCAAUAUGUACCCAAUCAUACUGAGCUACUGUGUGACGGUAGGAGGGUUAUGAUAGUGACUGGCCCUAACAUGGGUGGUAAGAGCUCCUACAUCCGCCAGGUGGCCCUCAUCUGUGUCAUGGCCCAGAUGGGGUCCUAUGUCCCAGCUACCGAGGCCAGACUGGGCAUACUGGAUGGCAUUUACACCAGAAUGGGCGCGUCGGACAACAUCUACAAAGGGCGCAGUACCUUCAUGGAAGAGCUGACGGAAGCCUCAGAGAUCAUUGGCCGAGCAACCAAGCGCUCACUGGUCAUUUUAGAUGAACUGGGGCGGGGCACCAGCACCCACGAUGGGAUAGCCAUUGCCUAUGCAACCCUGGAGUACUUCAUCAGAAACGUAAAGUCCAUCACCCUGUUUGUGACCCAUUACCCUCCUCUGUGUGAGCUACAGCGGGUCUACCCAGAACACGUGGCAAACUACCACAUGGCCUUCCUACUCAAUGAACCUGACAUCGCUACUAACACUGAAAAUGGUGAGGUUCAGCCAGAGUCUAUUACCUUCCUAUACCAGCUAACUGAAGGAGCAGCAGGGCGGAGCUAUGGCCUGAAUGUCGCACGACUGGCUGAUAUCCCAGCUCAUAUACUACACACUGCUGCACGCAAGGCCCAGGAGUUGGAGAGCAUAGUCAAUGCCAGGAGGAAGAAUAAGACUGUCCUAUUGGAUUUCUGGUACGUCACUGACAGGAAGUUACUGAUGGACUGGAUGCAGAGAAAUUCCUGACCACCCAACUUCAUUACACACAUAUCAAAAGUGCAAUCCAGAUACACAUGUGCAAGCAAGCUCGGAUGCUCUUGCACACACACACACACACACACACAUACACAUACACACACUCUCUCUCUCUCUCUCUCUCUCUCUCUCUCUCUCUCCACCUCUCUCUCACUAACAGGAUUAGUGUAAAACAGCCAGAUAAUGUUGGCAAGUCAGUAUUC